CCAUCAUUGUCCGAACAGUCCCAAUCAAAGUGAGGUCAAAAAAUGUUGAAAGUAUUUGCGCUGCUGGCGCUACUUGUCGGGAUUUGCUCGGCAAGUCCUGUGGAUCGCAAUUCCCGUGAAUUUACCACCUACCGACUCCCGAACACAACCAUUCCAACGCACUACGAUCUAUAUCUGGAUACAAAUGUGCACCUGGCAGAUUUGGCCUACAGCGGUAAUGUGAAGAUUAAUAUCCGAGUGCUGGAGAGCACAUCACAGAUCGUGCUACACAGCACGCGAAGUGUGAUUGGCCGGUUAGAGUUACGUAAUAGCAAUCAGCUAGCGGUGCCAGUGAAGGGGCAUGAAGUCGAUGAGGACAAACAAUUCUUGAUCGUCAACACCAAUGUGGAACUGCCAGCCGGUUCGACAUACGUGUUGGACAUUGACUUCACCAACAGUCUCAAUCGGACCGAUGCCUCUGGAUUUUAUCGGUCUUCGUACGUCAAUGCAGCCGGUGAAACCAAGUAUCUAGGUGUAACACAGUUCGAGCCAUGUGAUGCACGGUCGGCUUUCCCUUGUUUCGAUGAACCUGGAAUCAAGGCAACCUUAAACGUUCAAAUCGCCUGUGGUGUCGAAUACAGUGCUAAAGCUAACGCUCCAGCUCUUGGCAUAACUUUAUUACCGGGAGGUAAAAAGCUCACCACAUUCCAAACGACUCCGCGCAUACAAACCUAUCUGAUAGCGUUCCUAGUUUCGGACUUUAUCACCGAGCGACAGGUUGUUUCCGAACCACGACAACUUGUCGUUUCUACACUCGCCCGUCCAACUGCAAGCCAGCUACUAACAUACUCUGUAAGCGCUUCGGUACAAUUCCUAAGGGAACUGGAAAUCUACUUUGAUCAAAGUUACGCUAUGUCAAAGAUCGAUAACGUGGCCGUCGCCAACAUCGAUUUCGCCGCCGGUGCCAUGGAAAACUGGGGUCUGGUUACAUAUCGCGAAUCCACAAUUCUGUUUGAUCCGGAAACGCAGGGCGAAAGUCAACAGCUGAGCGUCGUCGGAAUCGUUGGACAUGAAUACACCCAUCAAUUCUUCGGAAAUUUGCUUGCCCCCGAGUGGUGGUCGUACUUGUGGUUGAACGAAGGGUUCGCACGGCUGUACCAGUAUUAUGUGUCGGAGUUUAGUCAUCCGGAAUUGAAAAUGCGUGAUCGCUUCGCAGGUGUACUACAGGCAGCUUUGACUACCGAUGCGAGCCCAACGGUUCGACCCAUGACUUACUACGUAGAGACACCUAGCGAGAUCGGCAGACUCUUUGAUAAUAUUGCCUACGCUAAAGCCGCAAGCGUUCUGCGAAUGCUCAACUACGCCGUUACCGAGCACACUUUCCAGAAGGGCCUACGAUAUUACAUUCAACAAAACAAAGACCACGGAGUAGUGAACGAGGAGAACCUAUUCGAUAGUUUGGAGCAAGCAGUUAGAGAAGAUGCCCAGCUUCCACAGAGCUUAACUAUGCAUGAGAUUUUUCGAUCUUGGUCACGUCAGCCCGGUGCACCGGUGGUAACAGUCACCCGUGUCGGUGAUACCAAUGAGUAUCUCUUCAACCAGGAGCGUUUCUACAGCACUCCUCAAGAAGCCCCAGAACAGCAGUCGUGGUGGAUUCCGAUUUCUUACUUUACACCCAGCAGCAAUGGACAGUUCAAUUCAAGUGCCGCCUUAUGGAUGCCCCCAUACGUGACGGAUGUAAGCAUGCAUAUCAAUCUGGUCGAAAACGACUUUGUACUUGUCAAUCCGCUAGCCAGAGGCUACUACCGUGUAAACUACGACCCCCUAACCUGGGAGAACAUCAUCUACAAUCUGUACGAAAAUACCAACGCAUUCCAUCGCUUGUCGAGAUCUCAGCUGAUCGACGACUCAAUGAACCUAGCUCACGCUGGAAAACUAGAUUACUACACUGCUUUCAAGGUGUUCGAUUACCUCCUCGAUGAAUCCGAUUUCCUCCCAUGGAGCACCGCUUCCUCCAAUCUCAGAUUUUUGCAGCGUAUGCUACGGCACGACAGCGUGGCGUCGGAAAAUCUGAAAAGCUACAGUUCAAUGUUGGCUUCAAAUCUUCUGGCCACGUACGGCUUCGACCCAAUCAAGGGUGAAUCGGCUGACGACGAGGACGCUCGCUUGAUCGCUUUGGAAUGGGCCUGCGGUAACGACAAACCCUGCCAGACGGAAGCUACUCAACGACUCAGUAAAUUGCGAACGAAGGCUGCAUCAUUCGCCAUCGUAUCUAAAUCGGAGCAAUUGAUUAUUUGCAGUCAGCUACGCAAGGCGACUUACGAUGAUUUUUCUGCAAUUCUUUCAAAUUUGAAGAACACUCCCAAUUCUCGUUCUCGCAGCUAUUUGAUCGAGGCUGCAUCUUGUAUCGAGAAUAGAAACGCAAUCAAUGCUUUCGUGGACUCUCUGAAGUCAAAUGAUUUCGGGGCAGCGGAGAAAACACAAAUCCUCCAAGCCAUCUACAGUAACUCUCUGGGUGGUUUGGAUGCCAUAAUUGACAUGUUCGAUUCCUCGGAAAAUAUUGCCUUUGAAAUGAACAUCGAUCGGCGUCAGUUGUAUACCUUGCUGGAGGACAUUGCUGAGUACACGGUCGAACCGCAGGCUGCCGCACGAUUGAUAAACAUCGUUAAGAGGGAAGCACCCACUCAACUGGUCACCACAAUCCAAGCCAAACUGCACGCGAACCAAAGCUGGAUCCAAAGAAACGCAGCCAUUGUUUCCACCAUGCUGAAGAACUCGCCUCAGAUCGACAUGUGAUGCGAUGCGGCACACCCCGACGUACUGGCUUAAGAUUGUAUUCAAUAAAUAAAGUUGAUUGUUUUAAUCAGA